GUUGCGGGCGGCGGCAGCAACGACUUCCAGUGGUGCUUCUCGCAGGUGAAAGGGGCUAUCGACGAGGACGUGGCGGAAGCUGAUAUUAUUUCAACAGUUGAAUUUAAUUACUCUGGUGAUCUUCUUGCAACAGGAGACAAAGGUGGCAGAGUGGUUAUAUUUCAAAGGGAACAAGAGAAUAAGAGCCGUCCUCAUUCUAGGGGAGAAUAUAAUGUUUACAGUACCUUUCAGAGUCAUGAACCUGAGUUUGACUACUUGAAAAGUCUAGAAAUUGAGGAGAAAAUUAAUAAAAUUAGGUGGUUACCACAACAGAAUGCUGCUCAUUUCCUGCUGUCUACAAAUGAUAAAACUAUUAAAUUAUGGAAAAUAAGUGAAAGGGAUAAAAGAGCCGAAGGUUAUAAUUUAAAAGAUGAAGAUGGAAGACUUAGGGAUCCUUUCACAAUCACAGCACUACGGGUGCCAAUAUUGAAACCCAUGGACCUAAUGGUAGAAGCAAGUCCCAGAAGGAUAUUUGCAAAUGCACAUACUUAUCACAUAAACUCUAUUUCAGUAAAUAGUGAUCAUGAAACAUACCUUUCUGCAGACGACCUAAGAAUUAACCUAUGGCAUUUAGAAAUCACAGAUAGAAGUUUUAAUAUUGUAGAUAUUAAGCCUGCUAACAUGGAGGAGCUGACAGAGGUGAUCACUGCUGCCGAGUUCCACCCCCACCACUGUAACGUGUUUGUCUACAGCAGCAGCAAGGGCACCAUCCGCCUGUGCGACAUGCGCUCCGCCGCCCUCUGUGACAGGCACUCCAAGUUUUUUGAAGAACCUGAAGAUCCUAGCAGCAGAUCAUUUUUUUCAGAAAUUAUAUCCUCAAUAUCUGAUGUGAAAUUCAGUCACAGUGGCCGCUACAUGAUGACAAGAGACUACCUUUCUGUUAAAGUCUGGGAUCUCAACAUGGAAAACAGGCCUGUAGAGACAUACCAGGUCCACGAGUACCUUCGAAGCAAGCUUUGCUCCCUCUAUGAGAACGACUGCAUCUUUGACAAGUUCGAGUGCUGCUGGAACGGUUCUGAUAGCGCGAUCAUGACUGGAUCUUACAACAACUUCUUCCGGAUGUUUGACCGGAACACGCGGCGGGACAUCACCCUGGAGGCGUCCCGGGAGAGCAGCAAACCUCGUGCCAUCCUAAAGCCCCGCAAGGUCUGCACAGGGGGGAAGAGGAAGAAGGACGAAAUUAGCGUUGACAGUCUGGACUUCAACAAGAAGAUUCUUCACACGGCGUGGCAUCCCAUGGAGAACAUCAUUGCUGUAGCUGCCACCAAUAACUUGUAUAUAUUCCAGGACAAAAUUAACUAAGGAUGGCUUCCUUGAGGACAGAGUCGUCGUCUUGCAUAGUUAAGCUCAGUUGUUUAUCUGUAAAAGAGAAGGCCUUGUUGUCCUACCGGUGAAGAACAUUGAUGCACUUACUUCCCUUUAGAUAAAGGAGAGGAUCUGGCCUGGUUUUGAGUUCCUGGUGUGGUUCUGCCUUCGGUGGGGUCGGGGAGUGCAGCGUCCGUCGCAGCUUGCUGGGAGAAACCCUCUAGAGGCAGAACUGAUGGACAGUGCUCAAUAAGGCCAAUACUCAAAAUAAAUGUAUUUAUUUAAGUCUGAGCCUUCCUUUCCAGUUUAUAGACCAAAAAUUUAACACCCAAGAAGAAAAAAAAAAAAGUCAUAAAAAUGUAAUUUCUAUCUCUUGCGCUCUCUCUGCUGUAAUAUUUGGGCCUUUCAAAACAUAUAUUGUGCUUCAUGCCUGUAAACAUUCCUCCUCUGGCCUGGAUCUGGGCUUAGGUGUUUUUACCUUUGAGCACUUAGGUAGGUCUUGAGUUGGGUUCGUAGACAGGUUUCCAUGAAUAUUUACUCACCAACUGUAUCUAUAACCACACCUUCUGGUGUAAACCACUUAAUAAAAUAACAAAGUAUAAAAAGUGUUUUUAAAUCUGAAGGUAUGUAUUCAGUCUUUUUAUUUUUUUUUAUUGCAUGUACUGA